AUGGAUUGGCAGCUUUGGGGACUGGCUUUCUAUCUCCACGUGGCUUUCUCAGCUUCUUGGGACUGUGUGUCUCGGUGUUCCCUGUGUCUUCUUCACAACCAGGAUGGAGAGAAGCCCAUUAACCCUCUACACUGUGCUUUGGGGUGCCAAAGUAUCUCGGUGUCCAGUGUGGAGUGGCAGAGAUGCGAGCGAGUCCUCGCAGUCUUAACCUCCUUUCCAAUGGAGGAAGAGGAGGAGGCUGCUGGCAGAUCCCAGCGUAUCCUCACCCAAGGAGAUGCCAGUCGGUCCUACGGAGGCUUCCUCCAGAAGAUGGCAGAGAGGGCAGAGCCGGAACCGAAAGACGACGAAGACGACCUGGAGACGCUCGAAAUUCGGGACCUGGUCUCCCACAGAGCGGAAGAGGAACCCGAUCUGGCCUCCCUCAAGGUGGAGAGGAAGCGCUACGGGGGCUUCCUUCGCAGGUUCCCCAAGAGGGGCUCCGGGGUGGCGGGCACCGAGGAAGAGGAGGAUGGGGGAGACCUGGAGGACCUACACAAACGUUACGGGGGCUUCAUGCGCAGGAUCCGUCCCAAACUCAAGUGGGACAAGCAGAAGCGCUACGGUGGGUUCCUGCGCCGUCAGUUCAAGGUGACCACGCGGUCAAAGGAAGGGCCCAAGGCCGCCUCUGUGGAGGUUGUUGACCUAUAG